AUGACCCAAGAAUCACAAGAGUCUCCAGGUACUCAACUCCAUGACGAGCUCGCUGAGCCCCCAGAAAUCGAUGGACCAUUGGCUGGCACUCCCGAAAUUAGCCCCGAAACACCAAAGCGUGGACCUGUUACAACCAACCCCUUUUAUUUGGCAGACCGUUUGCCCAAAACACCUUUGUCGGCUCCGCAGAUUGCGAAAUCGAGCGCUCGUGCUGCUCGACGACCGAGGCGGCCCUCGGAUUGUGUGCCGCGCCGGUUUAGAAACAGGUCUCCCAGUGGUUUCAUCGAGGAAGUCAGCCCAAGACAGCGCGGUGUAGAAAAUAACCAUGGCCCCGAUAUUGAGGCACAUAGUCUUUGUUGUUCCGCUCCUAUAACAGCGACUGACAUCCAGAAGGACCGACGAGGAGCUGACUUGAGUGUCAACCUCGAGAGCAAAGUCAGCGAGCUUUUUCGACAUGUGGAAGACCUUCAUAAGGCCCAAUAUCUCAGAAAGUAUCUUGCCACUGCCAUAGAUGAACUGGAUUGCGGCAGUGAUGUCUCAAUAAGUCCCAGGAGCAAAUUUCCCGGAGACCAGCCCGGCAUGGAAACCCCGACGAGUCAGUUGCGCAAAUCACGUUUGCAUAACUUGAGUGAAGACCCCAAACACUCUGUUGGUAUCGUAUGCGAAGCCCAAGCCCAUCAUAUUGAGCAAGAUGUCGUCGCAGGUAGUCUCGGACCAGAGGGAAUACAAAACACGGGCUAUAUUGAUCACCCAAUAUAUACAAUUCCGAGCUCUGGGAAGGCGGGCUCCAACACGUCGCUUUCGGGGACGGAAAAGACCAAAUGCGGCGAAGCUCGCCCUCAUCUAGAGCCAUCAUUCGACAAGCAUCACUCCAGUGGCGAAGAUAGCGAUGGUAGCCCACAAUCAACUAGACGAUUCAGUGGCGGCAGGGAACCCGAUGAAAACGUCGGCUCUGCUGGUGCCGAUGUACUUCAUCCUAAUGAGACAGAUCCUCGUGGCUCAGAUACUUUGCCAGGUGAUCAACCUGCCGCAAACCGUGUCAUGCCAGACUUACCAAGCACGACCGGGUACAAGCGUCACAGGCAAAAUACACAAUUGUGUCCUAGACCACAAACUCCAAGCACAGGACCAGAUCCUUGGCCCAUUCUCAAGAGAGUUGGGCAACCGUCACGACAAAAGUUGUGCUUAACCCCGAAUUCGGUCCCGUGGGCUCGACCAACACUUCGAAAAGUCCCUGCUACUCCUGGAGCUAUCCGGUCGCGGAGUAAUUGCUCUACACCAUCCGAAUGGAAAAGGAAUCCAAGAAAGACCGAUGAAGCAGCACAUGCCUCUCCUUCCAAGACUAUACCUGUUGGCACACCAGUAUCGGAAUGGCGAGGCAGUCUGACCAAAACUGAGAGGAUCACACCAAGGACUUCCCACAGAAGUACGCUCUGUGAGUCUUGCAAUCCUGCCGAAUCCAAGCCAUCUACAGUCAAUAGUGGGACAUCUGGAAGGUGUAGCCACAGGGACAGCCAUUCAGGACACACGAACAAGAGCAAUUCUAAUGUUGAAGAUCCAUUUACAGAGCCGAGGCUGAGUGUUCGGGCCGUCGAGCAUUCGCUCGCUUGGAAAAAGGUGCAAGAAGAUAUUGAGAGACGGGUCUACCAGGAUGCGGAUGAAGCACCUGUCUCAUUUGAGGGAGCCUCAGUGUCGGUUGAAAGGGAGCAAGAGACUGAAAGCAUACGUCGAGCACCUCCAGAGUCGACUCAUAUCUGCAAUCCGCGGAGUAGGGACACGACUGAGCGAGAUGAAAUGGUGAGUAGCGAAACUAUGCCCGGACAAGCUGGGCCAAGCAACGAGUCAGCUGAGGAAGCACCGACUGGUGUCGAGGCAAAUACUGCAGACGAGUUGGGGAUCGAAGGGUUGACAAUAGUAGUUCACUUGAGACACAGGGAUGAUUUAGUAAUCAGCACGGAUCUCAAUGGACGAGAAUACAAGGGAAAGUGA